UAGUCUUUUUUUCACAUGACCAAAGAUGCUCCGACCCUGUUACAGUCUUCAGAUAGGAUUCUCAUCAAGCCAUGUGUUACUACUACUCUAUCAAAUUAUUCACAUAUGACGUACCGCCGCCGUGAUUCCCUCGACGAGCUCGAAGGACGCCGCUUCGUUGGCAGCGGCGCGGCGGCCGGGAUCCUCCAGCUCCGUCGGAGCCUCGAGGGGGCGGCAGCGCCAUCCAUCGCCCCGAGCGAGUGCUACCAGCCCAGCGAGGCGAGCGUCGAGUGGAGCGUCACGACCGCCGAGGGGUUCGACCACGCCAGCGCCGCAAACUUCUCCAGCGCUGCCUCCAACUACGACGAGUUCCGCUUCAUCGAGGAGGAGCACAACCGGUUCCCGGCGGCGAUGGGCGGCGAGCCCGCGGGACCGCGGCGGAAAGGGAACGGGCUUCUGGACUGCCGUAGCGAGAAAGCCGUCAGCGUCGGCCCAAGCCCGGUUCGCAUCCGGCCUCCGGUCGACCCGGACGUCGUGCCCCGGGUAACCAAGAUGGGGAGAGCGCAAGUGCGUCCGGGCCGCGGGAAACAUUAGACCGGUUCGGACCGGUUUUUUGGGUUAAAUAUAUAUAUAAGUGCUUAACUUUGUGCUAUUUUGAGUUGUAUUAUAUACGUAUAAUCUUAUUGUUGCUCACAUAGGCGUAAGUCUUGAUAUAGAUGUUGUUGUGAGCAAUUGGGUCUCUAUCACCAACAUUUUGGCUUAACGUGCAAAUGUGUUGAGGCCCUGUUUUGCAAGCAA